UUCAGCAGAUAACAACCAUCAAUUCUGGAAUUAUUAAAAUUUGUAGUUUUUGAAAAAGUAUUUUCGAAAAGUCUAUAGAAAUGAAAUUCAUUGCUGCGCUUUCCUUGGCGCUCUGCCUCUUCGCUGUUGCCUGUCAUGGUUUGCCUGUCGAACGGGAGACACUUUUGAGUAUUGAACAGCCUGUGGCCUUGAUUGUGGAUGAGCAACCACAGGAGCUAAGACGUGUGGCGCGUCAUCGUCACGGUGGUUAUGGCGGUUAUGGCGGUUAUGGCGGCUAUGGCGGUGGCAUCCCUGGCGGUUAUGGCGGUUAUGGCGGUGGCUACCCUGGCGGUUAUGGCGGUGGCUAUCCUGGCGGUUAUGGCGGCGGUUUUCCUGGUGUUAUUGGUGGUUACCCGGGUGGUGGUGGCUAUGGUGGCAGUUCCAGCAGUGCAACAGCAACCGCAAAUGCGGCCAGUCAAGGUGGCUACGGUAACAUCGGUUAGGAUAUUUCUCUGGAUAAAUAGCGACUAUAAUAGUGUGCAUAUGUAUAUGACAAUUUAAUUGUUUUUUACAAUAUAAACCCGUUUUUAUCUGUAUGCCAAAAUGUAUUAAAGUAAAAU